CGGCCGCUUCGGCCUUUCGGGUCGAUGCUGUGCGGCCAAAAUUCCCACACCCUUCCCUUCGUCCUCCUCCCCACGCCAUCCACUCGUUCCAUCAAAUCCCCAAAAGCCCACAAGAAAUUCGAGCGUGAUUCUGCUGCGCACCGACCGAAACCCUAACUGGUCUCCAACCCAACGUGGUUUCUUUUCCUUCCGAUUGGUGGCGUCCUUUAACUCUCCCGCUGGUGCUCUGCUUCCAGAAUGGGUUGAGGAGAGAUAAAGGUUCGAUUUAGAUUGUCCGGCGACGCGAUGGAGUGGGACAGCGAGUCCGAGGGAUCGAACGGAGACGAGGAGGAGGGUUUCCUGCUGAGUGGUGGCAGCGGGGGACCGUUCUCGUUCGCCGUAGAAGGUGUGCUAGGGCCAGCUUCAUCGUGCGGAUUGGUAGUCAGCGACGCGCUCGAGCCUGAUCACCCUAUAAUUUACGUCAAUCGAGGAUUCGAAGAGAGUACUGGCUAUCGUGCUGAGGAGGUGCUGGGAAGGAACUGCCGGUUCUUGCAAUGUAGAGGGCCAUUUGCUCAGAGGAGGCACCCUUUAGUAGAUGCCACAAUAGUUUCUGAAAUUCGGAGAUGCCUUGAAGAGGGAAUUGAGUUCCUAGGUGAUUUAUUGAAUUUUAGAAAGGAUGGUUCCCCAUUGAUGAAUAGGCUUCAGUUGACACCAAUUUAUGGGGAUGAUGAGACCAUAACCCACUUUAUAGGCAUUCAAUUCUUCACUGAUACAAAUGUUGAAUUGGGUCCACUUCUCAGUUCUGCUGUCAAGGAAUCUGCUAGACCUAACCGCUUAAUCACUGAGCAUGUAUUCCGACCUGUUUCACUUGGCCAUACUCACAUCUGUCGUGAAUUCUGCAGUAUGUUGCAGUUGAGUGAUGAGGUAUUGUGUCAGAAAAUCUUUUCCAGGCUCUGUCCAAGAGAUAUCGCAUCUGUUGGUUCAGUAUGCAAAAGGUUAUAUCAGCUAACAAAAAACGAGGAUAUCUGGAAAAUGGUUUGUCAGAAUGCAUGGGGCAGCGAAACAACACGUGCUUUAGAAACUGUACCUGGGGCUAAAAGACUUGGUUGGGGAAGACUUGCAAGAGAGUUAACCACCCUUGAAGCUGCUGCUUGGCGGGAACUGACAGUUGGAGGUGCUGUAGAGCCAUCCCGUUGUAAUUUUAGUGCUUGUGCUGUUGGAAAUCGGGUUGUUCUUUUUGGAGGUGAAGGUGUUAAUAUGCAACCAAUGAAUGAUACCUUUGUUCUGGAUCUGAAUUCCAGUAAUCCUGAGUGGCGGCAUGUAAAAGUAACUUCUGCACCUCCUGGUAGAUGGGGUCACACGCUUUCUAGUCUAAAUGGAUCAUCAUUGGUUGUGUUUGGUGGUUGUGGAACACAGGGCUUGCUCAAUGAUGUCUUCAUACUUGACUUGGAUGCCCAAUCUCCUGCAUGGCGUGAGAUCUCAGGACUUGCACCUCCCAUGCCAAGGUCAUGGCAUAGCUCUUGUACUGUUGAUGAUACAAAAUUGGUGGUUUCCGGUGGAUGUGCUGAUUCUGGUGUGCUCCUCAGUGACACCCACCUUCUGGAUGUCACAAUGGAAAAACCUAUAUGGAGAGAGAUUCCAGCAUCAUGGACACCGCCAUCCAGACUAGGACACUCAUUAUCAGUGUAUGACGGGCGCAAAAUACUCAUGUUUGGUGGUCUUGCAAAAAGUGGGCCCCUUCGAUUGCGUUCGAGUGAUGUGUUCACGAUGGAUUUGAGUGAGGAUGAACCCUGUUGGAGGUGUAUUACAGGCAGUGGAAUGCCUGGCGCUGGAAAUCCAGCUGGAAUUGGUCCACCUCCUCGUCUUGAUCAUGUAGCUGUUAGUCUUCCUGGAGGCCGAAUCCUCAUAUUUGGUGGGUCUGUGGCUGGUCUUCACUCAGCUUCCCAACUCUAUCUCUUGGAUCCAACUGAAGAAACACCAACAUGGAGAGUAUUGAAUGUGCCUGGUUCCCCUCCUCAAUUUGCGUGGGGUCAUAGCACUUGUGUUGUUGGAGGAACAAGAGCAAUAGUGCUUGGGGGUCAAACAGGAGAGGAAUGGAUGCUGAGUGAAUUGCAUGAGCUGUCUUUAGUAAGUUCAAUUAUUAACGUCAAGGAAGAUGACUAGUUUCUUUGACCACAAAAGGACAGAUCAGCAAAUGCUAUGGGGGACAAUGACUUGUAUCCACACGGAGAUCUAUACAUAUACAUGCAGAAUGGUAUCCGUCUUGCGGAGAUCUAUACAUAUACAUGCAGAAUGGUAUCCGUCUUGAUUUAGAAUAAGGCCUAAUUUGCUGCAUUGAUGGUAAACGUUCUGUGCUACGGAUAUAAUCACUUUAAACUUUCUGGACUGGGAUAUCAUAAAUGUAACAUGCUGAAGAGAGUGGUGGAAUUUAUCCUUUUUUGUUUGCCUAGAAAUUUUUUAGAUUGUAUGCUAAGAAAUUGUAUCAGGAAAUCUAGGGUUGGCUAUCUUUGUUGUGAGCUUUUUCUUA